AUCUCCGCUACGAGUCGCCACCAUCCUUGACGAAAAGAAUCGAGGUCAUAGUACGACUCAACGACAGGCCAAACGGCCACUUACUUUCAAGUGGUACAACUCAACGUACACAAGACGAACUUAUUAUUCUUUGCAACUCAAAUAAGCACAAAAAGUAUCCGGCUGUGAUACGUUCAAAUUAACAGAGUGCACGUCAAAUGCCACGUUGUAUCGAACAGGCCAAUAGGGAUUAGCGCGAUAUCGUCGACGCGAUUACCAGUGACCGCUAAUGUUUCGCCGAUAGAAAUAUAUUCUUCCUGCUAAAUCUCCAAAUUUCUCAUAGCAUAUCAGUCCUCCUCGGAAUCCUUCACGAUGAAGUACAAGCUCUACGUUACAUUCCUGCUUUUUUCCAUUUUGAGCUUAAGCUAUGUCGCCUGUCAGUACAGAACGAAAAACAAUCAAGGCUCCUCCCUGGGAGAACGUGUACAACAAUUAAUGGAAAUGGCAAUGAAGAGAUCGGUACAGAAAUUUAAUUGGCCAAAAUUUAAACAGUACAUUAAAGCUACUCCAAGGAAUUAUUCUGUUAUAGUUAUGUUUACCGCUAUGGCACCUCAGAGGCAAUGUCAGAUUUGCAGACAUGCCAAUGAUGAAUUUAACAUAGUAGCCAAUUCAUUUCGGUACUCUCAAACAUAUUCCAACAAGUUGUACUUUGUUUCUAUCGAUUUUGAUGAAGGAUCUGAUGUAUUUCAGUUGAUGAGACUAAAUACUGCACCAGUGUACAUGCAUUUUCCACCAAAGGGCAAGCCAAAGCCUGCUGAUACUAUGGAUAUUCAAAGAGUAGGAUUUUCCGCGGAAGCAAUAGCAAAAUGGAUCAGUGAGCGUACAGAUAUUCAGAUCAGAGUAUUUAGACCGCCAAAUUAUUCCGGCACGAUAGCGUUAGUGAUGCUGCUGGUUAUCAUAGGAAGUUUCCUUUAUUUAAGACGUAACAACUUAGAUUUUAUUCACAAUAGAGGCAUCUGGGGUCUCGGUGCUUUGUUCUUAGCAUUAACUAUGACUUCCGGACAAAUGUGGAAUCAUAUUAGGGGACCACCUUUAAUCCACAGAGCACCAAAUGGAAAUGUAGCUUAUAUUCAUGGAUCCUCUCAAGGACAGUUUAUAUUGGAAACCUACAUUGUCUUUUUCUUAAAUGCAGCAGUGGUGUUAGGAAUGAUCUUAAUGACCGAAGCUGCAACUCGUAAAGGUGAUGUGAAGAAGCGCAGGAUAUUUGCUGUGAUAGGCCUUGCGUUAGUUACAAUUUUCUUUAGCCUACUUCUAUCAAUAUUUAGAAACAAAGCUCAAGGCUAUCCAUAUAGCUUACUGUUCAAAUAACCAAUUCAUGUAGGAAAAUAUUUUCACACGAUCUCCAUCUAAAAGGACAAAAAACCUUUACUGUUUGCUGUGGAAUGAGAAUUAAACUAGGAACAUUUUUUUACAAACAAAGGGUAAAAUAUGUUAUAUUGUUAUAAAUGUAUUAUAAUUUUCAUCUUUAUUAUAAUGUAUGUAAUAUAAAAUAAUCCAUAUUUACAAUUAUUCUUCUUCAAUAAAAAGAUAAUAUAAAACAAAGUAUUAUAGAGUAACAAAAUACAAUAACAAUUUUUCAAGUGCUAUUACUCAGUAAUAUUGAUUAGCUUUAUUUUCUAAUCACUGUAA